AUAACGUGGUGGAGGAGAGUAGCCUCCCUCGUCUCCUCUGUUCGGGCAGGGCGACUCCUCUCCCGCCAUCUGUCUGUUGUUGUCACCGCUCACAGUUAAGACUCAUCACUGCUGAAACUACAUGGAAAAAUCAUCUCUUCCCGUUCAGUCGAGCCUGUCCACGGUGUUUCCCCAGGCAUAUCUCUGAGCUGAGCGGGAUUGUCAGCGAAGGUGAGAAAGGGCUUAACUUAUCAGGAACAACAGUCAGAGAUGAUUCAAGGGAAAGGAAAGACACAUUUUAAGGAAGGAUGUGGCAAGAGGGAAGUUACAGUAGAGCAGAUAUGGUGGUUUUACUGGACCUACAUCAAGGUGAGAGUGAAAGGAGUAACUAAGGGACACAACACUGGGGAUAUCUCAGAGACGUCUUCAUUGUUUUAGACUAUGGGGGAGUUUCUGGGAGGAGCGAGGAAUAAGUUAUUGUGAGUAGAUAGAGAGCUGGCGAGGAAGACAAAAUCCCAAGAGGGAUCCCCGUGGUCUCCCUAAUCUGUGUUGAUCUGGUUAGAGACAAAGUGAGUGUAAGGCGUGACUGGGCUGACUGCCAGAGAGCUGAGGCAGACUACUGAUCCCACCUGACAGUGGAGAGCCUCAUUUGAUUUCAGGCACACCACAUUAAAAUGUUAAUUGAUUCUGUAUUUAGUUAUAAUAAUGGAGUUUGUUUCCAAAGGACAGUGGAUACAUUUUGCAAAUACAUUAUUACCUAAAUUAUAUCAUUCUAUGUCUCCCCAAAACUAGCUACUUGAGGUCCUUAUUAUGUUUUCGGUUUGGUUUGUUUGUCAGCAGAAUUACGGAAAAACUCCUGGCCCGAUUUUCAUGAAACUUGGUGGAAGGGUGUAGCAUUGGCCAAGGAAGAACCCUUUCAAUUUUGGAGGGGACUGGCCUUGGUGGAGGCCUGCUCUCUCUCCGAGUGCCCUUCUAGUUGUCCUUUAAAGCUAGGGUCGUUAAUGCUGAGAAACUAGCAAGAGUAUGCUAUAUUUUUAAAAUGAUCCAACCCAAAAACCCAGCUCAGUGCUGCCAACUCCUUUCCAAAGAAGGUAGCUCGCAGCACAAGCUCCAAAAGUCCUUAAAACUAGCGAGAAAGUUGCCAAGUGUUGCUGACUUGGCAACUUUGUGUCCCUUCAGGCCUCCCUCCAAAGCCACUCCCCCAAAAUUAUCAUUAUGACCGCAAACAACAAACAUGGCUAUUGUUAAUACUCACAGCUGUCAAGCCAGCAGCUUGUGGCAGAGUCCGGUGAAGCACAAUAAGUGCACGGGCAGAGUGAACGCAGGCAGGCAGGUAACCUGAAUCAAAUGAUUGGACGGGUUUAUUACAGUCCUGCGGUAGCAAAUGUUCUCAGUGUCCCAGCAGUUUUAAAAAGCUUUUGCUGUGAACAUAGUCUGAAAUGUCACAUUAUCAGAUUCACACCAUUGAGUAGCUCACAUAUGUUCCGAUAAACAGUGUAUAGAUUUCUUAUAAUCCUAAGAUUACCCAACACUGCUGUGGAACAAAGUCCAAUCCUUAAAGCUGAGCUCUCAAGGCUCUCUCCUAAUGAGACAAAUUUAGUAAAUCGCAUUGGAAUUUCACUUGGACGUCGAUUAUGACGUCAUAAUAAACCCAACAUCUGUCUCAGCUCAGUUCAGCACCAAGUAACCUUUUGUGCACCGACCAACCCACCAGAAAUCCAGCUAAAUGACAGAGGUCAGGUCAGAGCCACUGAAUUUCAUUAAGAGGGUGACCUUCUCUGCCUCGUAUCAUCUUGAGUGUAAAAGUGACCUUUUUCAAAUGGCAAAUCCAAAUUAUUUUUCUUCAAACAUUCGCUGUAUCUGUCAAGUGUUGCCACAAAAGAAAGACAAGAGAAUGCAAGACUAAUUUCUGAGCACAUUUCAUGCACAAAGGCAGUUUAAUAUGUUUUACUUAAAGUAUAUAAAGGCAUUUAUUGAUAAAUAAAAUAAAAUAAAUGAUAAAUGAUAAAUGAUAAAUGAUAAAUAAAUAAAUAAAUAAACAAAUUAAAUUGCAUUUCAUCAGUAAUACUCAAAGUGCAAUUUUAAGUAGGUUAAAAUUGUAAUAAUUUAUUUUGCAGUUUGUUCUAUCUGGAGGGUUCAUAUUAUAAAAGCAAGUCCAAUAAUUACAUUUUGGCCUUAAACCAUGUCAAACCAUGUGAUGUCCAAACGAUGUAACAGAGGACACACGUUGUGUUAUGGGUUGUUUGUCUCCACCCUACUCUGCCUUGUGGUUCCUCCCUCUUUUAGGCCUGAUCCAAAGUUCAAGAGCUACUGUCAUUUCAUUCCCGCCUUCAAAAUUGUCUGUGGACAAGCUGAGACCAUCCUGUAUUCAUUAAUAUUCAGCCCUGCUGUAAAUAAGCGACAGUAAAUUGGAUCACGGCCUCCAGUAACUGACGACAACCAUAAAGACAAAAGACCAGAGGUCAAGUACAUUCUUGUGUUUGAGUAAAUCAGUAAAUGAAUAAGUGAGCAUAUUGCCACUAACACAGAGGAUGUUUUCCACUUUUCUUUGCUCCACUGGUGGAAAUAAUGAAGCCCCAGCAUAACUUCAUCCAUACUGUCAGUUAAGCCGUCCAGCUGGCCAGCCAGUCAGUCAGUCAGUCAGUCAGUCAUGCAGCUGUUGUGCCCUCUGCUCAACCAGCCAUUAAGACAGUCUCUCCCCUCCGUCUGUGUCCCAGCCCCAGUCAGCUAUUCAACCACUCAGCUCCUCUCCUUACCGGCCCCAUGCAGACCUCCUUUCCUGCCCCAGGAUGCGAUGUCGUGACGUGCAUACCAGCGCAGUGAGACCGUCCUUGUUCUAAUGUGUUUGUGCACUGAAGAGAUUGCAAGGAAACAGCUUGCCAGGGGCAGGCAGCUGCUGCUUCCUACAGCUUGCAGCAGUUUGGGGGGGACAACAGCAGGAUGCCGUGGGGGAGAAGUGGCUCGGCGGCCCUGCUGCUGCUCUCGGGCAGAGCCAUCGCGUGGGCCAAGGCCAGAAAUCCCAGCCCCACCGAGAUGAGCGUGGAGCCCUGGGCCAGCCCGCAGGACCAGGCAGCCGCUGAGCACGACGCACACAGCACGCACGCGCCCUCCUCCCAGGAUCAGGAGCAGGAGCAGCACCCCGACAAACUCUGCCUGGACUCGUUCUGGAGUGAGGUGGAGACCAUCCGACAGGGGAGUGGCUACUCAGACCUGGACUGCAGCAGGAGAGACUCCAGACAGUCAGAAGAGGGAGAACAGGAGGAGCAGUGGUUGGCCGAUGCUGGUUUGUCGACCCUCAUCAGCGAGGACAGCGAGGAUGUCGACAACGCAUUGCUGCUGUCCACUCUGACCCGGACCCAGGCCGAGGCCGUCCAGCGUCGACUGGACUCCUACACGCUGUCCCUCCGCAAGAGGAACAAACCGGCGCCGCGCGACGUUCGCGAGAUCUUCCACUCCCCCAUCGCUCAGUCUCGUCUGCCUGAGUCCCAGCGUAGUGACGACACAGCCCACCACAGCAUGGCAUCGGUUGGCAAAUCACCACUAUCAGCUGUGACGCCGGAGCAUCACCGAGGCGCUCCUAAAGAGGAAUUCUUCAUAACCGACAUAGCUUACUGCGAACAGGCCGUCAUCUUUCUCAAACAGGCCAAACUGCCGCAGAACAACAGCCAGCGCAGAAAAGAGGACGGCACCCUGCCUCGGGUGAUCUGCCCCAAGUGCCGUCUGGGAGUGACUCGUAUUCAGGAUCUCUCCCACUCCGACAUGAAGAAGGUGCGUCAGUUGGCGCUCAUCGACAUGACGGCGCUGUGCGACCUCUUAGAGCUGGAGGUCAAAAGGCACAAAACCAGCAAGAGGAAAAUUCCAGAAAGCACGCUGUACGGGGUGCCGCUGGCCACGCUGCUGGAGAACGAUCAGAAAAUUAAGCCCAACACCUCGACUCCUCUCUACAUGCAGGCGUUGUUGUCAUUUUUGGAGAAGAAAGGUGUCGAUUCGGAGGGGAUCCUGCGGGUUCCAGGAUCUCAGUCCAGAAUCAAGCUGCUGCAGCAGAACUUGGAGACCAACUUCUACUCGGGGCAGGUCAGCUGGGACGACGUGAGUCCCAACGACGCCGCCGCGCUGCUCAAGAAGUUCAUCCGGGAGCUGCCCGCUCCUCUGCUCACCCCCGAGUACCUCAACACCUUCAGCGCCGUCAGAGACAUCACAGAGCUGAGGCAGAAACUCCACAUGUUGAACCUGCUCAUCCUGCUGCUGCCUGAGCCCAACAGGAACACACUGAAGGCGCUCCUCGAGUUCCUCAGUAAGGUGGUCUCCAGGGAGAAGAGGAACAGGAUGAACCUUUGGGCCGUAGCAACCAUCAUGGCUCCCAACCUCUUCCUCCAUAAGGCCGUCCCCAGCAGGCUGACUGAAGGGGCAGAGAAAGGACACGCGGAGAAGGCGGCCGAUGUCAUGAGGCUCCUCAUCCGCUACCAGGACCUGCUCUGGACGAUACCUAACUUCCUCAUGAGCCAGGUGCGUAAGCUGAAUGAGAACAGUAACCGGCGUUACCAGUUCUACGAUCGCCGCAUCAAGAACCUGCUGAGGAAGAUCCACACAGACAGCCGCGACAAACCUGAUAAAAACACCUCAGAGCAUUGCCGUACGGUGAAGAUCCAGGUCGGGGAUCUGGUGAGCGGCACCAUGGAGUUCCAGCUCAACAUCAGCUCCCGAGCCUCGGACCUGCUCGCCCAGUUUCACCGCCAGUCCCCCCGCAGCCCCGACAAUGGAAAGGGCAAAAUGCGAAGAAACGGCUCGGUGGCGUAUCCGGACUGUGCCCUGUACGAAGUGGGAGGGAAUAUUGGUGAGCACUGCCUGGAUCCCGACACACACCUUCUGGAUUUGUACAACAGCAACUCUGGAGGAGAGUGGGUCAUCAAGCUGAGACCCAACGCCAGCAGAGGGCUGUGAAGGAUGGACGAACAGAUCGGGGAACAGGUUGCCGACGAAGGACAAAGGCAGAGCCUAAAAAAAAAGAUCAAAACCACGCAGCCCUCUCUUCUCGUCCUUUUCAUCCUUGGAGCAACAAGGGAGAAGGAGACAGAUGGACAGAUGGAGGGAGCAGGAACAGAUAGAUGGACAAUCUGCCAGGAGCAGAGCCUAAGAACUGUCUAUGAUCAGAUGAACACACUUUGCCCUCCUUCUCUUUCCCUCUACCUUUCUCUCUCUCUCUCUCUCUCCAUCUCCCUCUUUCUUUUUCUGUCUUCCUGCAACGCUGCGAGCAGAAAGCCGCUGACGUGACUCAUUACUUCCGACAGAGAACCUGCCGCACGGAAAAGAGAGGAAGAGAGAGAGAGAGAGCGGGUGGGCAGUUUGGUUCGCCAUCUUUUCUCUAAAGGAAUCACCUCCAACUAUGAGCGAGCAGAUGGGGAUGCAGAGCACCUCUGGCUACAGAGACCACAGGUCCGACCCCCUCCUCAGGCCAGCCAGACAAUGUGUUUUCAAAUCAUUGGUUCAUUCAUCAUUCUUUUGAAGACGUGAUACAGGAGCUUUCUGCUCAUAUUCUUGGCUAAACUGGCAUCCAAUCCGGCACUGGGCAGAACAUUUUGAACACGUUUUAUACAAGAGAAAACAACCUUUAUUUUUGCAAUUGCAAAUUCAUCCUUGACCUUGGAAACAGCAAUUGCCCCUACACCAGUUACGGAAACCAGGAUUCCUGUUUACAUGUUAUUAAGUAAAUCAGUUUACUGGACUGUAACCCGGUUACUUAACUGCAUGUAAACACAGUGGCUGUAGUAGAUAUCCACUUGGCUUAUGAUAUGGACAGAAAACUACAGUAUCACGUCCAGCUUUUUUAAUUACUGAUGAUUAAAAACCAGCAACGAGACAAAAAACAUAUUGAAAACAGAAAGCUAGUGUGGAUCAGAAGCUAACCUGGAAACGGAGCGGGGACUCCAGCUCUUUGUAAGCACACAGCCACAAACGGAUCAAUCAGUUAAUCAACUGACUCAUCCCUCUCCAUCUGCUUUUUGGCUCUCCGCUGACCGUUCUCCAGCUCCGACGUUUUGAUCACAAAAUAAACAAAGAACGGGGGAUUCCUCUCAGUAUUGGCUCCGUUCCUCGUCUGUCUGUGCCAUUCAAAGAGAUGAACUGAUAUCUCCUUAUCUGUGAAACCCUGCGAUCUCCUUGGCCACAUAAAAAAAAAAAAAAUCCACGGACUUCCAAGGACCCCUGGUCUGUACAGAACAGUGCUCAAAGAGACGUUUCUUUUUUUUAUAUAUAUUACCAAGGGAUUUGGUGUCACAACCUCAAGGACAGUGAUUGCACCUCUAAAGGGAGUUGUUAAGGACACAGUGAAGCUGGUCUUCAGUUUUUAAAUGAAUGGAGCCGAAAGUGCUGAAGUGACUCUUCAGGGGGUGAACUGGGAUUAUUGUUGUUAUUUAUAUGAAUGUAAUGCCAUUGUUGCUUCUGUAUUUGAUGAAUAUUCUGUAGGCUAGAGAGACUUUAGGAUAACGUGGAGUUUGCUGCACUCAGUGUAACAGUAUGUUGUGUUAAGUCGCCCAUACUCAGUGUGGGAAUUUGCAGUGUUCUUGUACAUAUUUCUCGAGUUGUUUUUUCGAUGGAUCCUAAACAGUACAGUGAGAUAAAUGUCAUGUGUAAGUAUUCAUUCAUACAACUCAGCUGUGAAGAGUAAAAUCACUGCACUGUUGUGACACAAGCAGCAAAUGAAUGUGUUGAACAUGUUUUGCGCUAUAGAUGCGAAUCAUUUACUCCCUCGCAGUCGGAGCCAUGUUGGGUGCUCCGCGGCCAUUUUGUGGGGAAAGUGUCUCGCACUCAAUAGAUGGAGUAACGACAGCCGGGCCCCGGCACCGACAUCCAUCAACACCCUCCUCUCCAUCUCUGUCACCUCCCUAAUAAUGGACCAUAAUGGCGUGUGUGGCGCAUGCAUCAGAAAUACACGCCGAGGAAUCACAUUUCUUUGAUAAAGGAGAAGCUAAUAAAUGGCUGUUAUAAAUUCUGCCGCCCUCCCUGGACCUGACGACAGCAGCGGUGUGUGUGUGUGUGUGUGUGUGCAUGCAUGUGUGUGAUGAGCUUCAUUACACAAGUCCAAUUGGCCUGUCCCAGGGUCCCGGGCACAGUUCAGUGCCUCGGCACAAAGCGAGCUGAUGAAACUGCCUUCUGCUGACAAUCAGGAUAAACUAGGUCACCUCUGAAGCAGCAUCCCAGAGGGCAACGCAGUGUGCGAGUUCAAACACCCCCGAGGAGGCGAGCACACGGACGCGUAUUGUGUAAACACACAUGACAACACACAACACGAUGUGGAGUCACCAAAACAGGGGCCACGAGUUCACACCGGUUUUUCUGUCGUUUGUGUUUGUACAUAUGUGAAUGUGUUUGUGUGUGAGAGAAAAAGAAGAAGACGCUUCCUUUUGGUGUGGAUAUCUCUGAAACAGUGUUAUCGAUAUCAUCACCCAGGGAGACUAAAUGAAGGACAUUAAUGUGAUCAGAGUGUGGUUGUGGAUCUCUUAUUGUCUUCAUCACUGUCCAGCUUUUAUUGUGGUGAAGAUUUUUAGACGUCAGUCAGCACCAGACGUCCGAAUGUAUAUUUAUGCCCUUUAUUACACAAGUCAUUGUUUUUUAAUACUUCUGUGAAAAUAGUAUUUGCUGUAGAAAGAAAAAACAACUUUUGAAAAAUGUUUUUGUCAAUAAAUGUGAAUCUAAUGAUGUG